GGAAAUAAAAUAGAUCGAAGCAUUGAUGGCACCUAUUUGGUAACUAAACGCCUUGCUUGCGAGCUACGUUCCAUUGGGCGAAGGAAUUUAAAAGGCGCAGCUUCAAUCCAAAGACCUUGGAGUGCACGUGCACUGCCGUACAAUGUUUUUGACACUGAAAUUUGCGCAACUUUCAUGUGCUAAUGAGUGACAACGGCGUGCCUUUCAAGUAAAUAAGUUAACACUCUGCUACUUAUAUCCACCAUGGAGGCUGAGGGAAAUAUGCUCCGCUCAUUCCCAUUUUGGUUACGGUGCCUCCAUCUCAUUUGAGGUACAUUUUUACUGCUUGAAUAAGAUGGCACAAAGAAAGCCAGGUGUGAUUGCUUUGUUUGAUGUUGAUGGCACACUUACUCCUGCAAGAAAGGAGAUAUCUCAGGAGAUGUUACAAUUCAUGCAAAACUUGCGUAAGGUUGUGGCUGUGGGAGUUGUUGGUGGUUCAGACUUAGUAAAAAUAACCGAACAGCUCGGCAAAACUGUUAUUACUGAUUACGAUUAUGUCUUCUCAGAAAAUGGUCUUGUUGCUUAUAAAGAUGGCAAUUUGAUUGGUAAUCAGAGCUUUAAAGAAUUCCUUGGGGAGGAAAAGCUGAAGGAGUUCAUUAAUUUUACUCUUCAUUACAUUGCUGACUUGGAUAUCCCUAUAAAAAGGGGGACGUUCAUAGAGUUCAGAAGUGGGAUGCUGAAUGUGUCACCUAUUGGGAGAAACUGUAGUCGAGAAGAAAGAGAUGAAUUUGAGCAGUAUGAUAAGAUUCACGGCAUACGCAUGAAAAUGGUUGAAGUGCUUCGUAACAAAUUUGCACAUUUAAAACUAACCUAUUCCAUUGGAGGACAAAUUAGUUUUGAUGUUUUUCCUCAGGGCUGGGAUAAAACGUACUGCUUGAGAUAUGUAGAGAAUUUUUUUAAUGAGAUCCAUUUCUUUGGGGACAAAACCUACAAGGGGGGAAAUGACCAUGAAAUCUUUGAAUCAGAAAAGACAGUGGGUCAUACAGUGACAAGUCCUGCAGAUACCCUCAAGCAGUGCACAGAUCUCUUCUUCUUAUAAGAGCUAUCGUUCAUUUUGGCUGACAGUGGCAGGGAUAUGGGAUUGGGGGAAAGUCAAGAACUUUGCUGCUUCUCAACAAAACAUCGACAUUUUGUUGAAAACUGUUUCGAUGUUAUUAAAGGGACUUUUCAUCUCAUGCUUUUCUAGCAAUUUUUUAUAGGCAAUUAACGUUUAUCAUUCCUCUUGCUUUUAAGAAUAAUACCUUACAACUCUUGUUGAUGGGGAAGAUUUUGUCCAACAUGUAUUUAACUAUUUCAAUGUUAUAUAUCUUAGCAAGGAAAAAUUUCUGUUUA